AUGCAAAUUUUCGUUAAAACUUUAACAGGUAAGACUAUUACCUUAGAAGUUGAAUCUUCUGAUACCAUUGAUAACGUCAAGUCUAAGAUCCAAGACAAAGAAGGUAUUCCACCUGACCAACAAAGAUUAAUCUUCGCUGGUAAGCAAUUAGAAGAUGGUAGAACUUUGUCCGAUUACAAUAUCCAAAAGGAAUCCACUUUACACUUAGUCUUAAGAUUAAGAGGUGGUAUCAUUGAACCUUCCUUAAAGGCUUUAGCUUCUAAGUACAACUGUGACAAAUCUGUCUGCCGUAAAUGUUACGCUAGAUUACCACCAAGAGCUACCAACUGUAGAAAGAGAAAGUGUGGUCACACCAACCAAUUACGCCCAAAGAAGAAGUUAAAAUAA